AUGGAUCUCGCAGUCACACUAGUCAAGUCGGUGAUGCGAGCGUUCUAUUCAACCAGAGACAUUCUAGUAAUAGAUGCGCUCAUCCUCCACGAAGCUCUCCGCGAUGACGACCUGGCGUACUUGAUGGCUACAAAUCCGAAAGAUCUCCACAAGAUUUGCGGAAAACUUCGAGAAGAUCGAUUCUUGACAGUACAUACACGACCAGAACUUAGAGAAGGCAACCCACGGCCGAGUAAUCGCACAUGGUACUACAUCAAUUACCGCCAUACCAUUGAUGCUAUAAAGUGGCGCGUGUACACCAUCGACAAAGAUGUCCAAGAUCGCAAUGCUGGUGGUCACGAACAAUCCACUCGCCUCAACGACCAAUUCAAGUUCAUAAGUGAGCUUUUGCAGAAAAUCGACAACGUACAUAUACCGGAGUGCGAUUUUGAUCGCGCUCUCGCAAAGGCUAGGCCGGUGGUCCGCGAUGCCACACACCAAGUCGCGGCAACCACGGCCAUGGACUUGGGUAUGAACAGACCAAUGGCAGUGAAAGGACUGACAAAUACUGGCCCCCAGUCCAUCUCUGUCAAUAUCUCGACCGUCGAGGGUGCAUCAGAAGCAGAAAAAGAGGCCGAGAUUGCGCGCCGAGAAAAGCUGGCGGCGCAGAAUGCACUGCCAUCGUGGAUGUCCAACAGUACCGUUACUGGAGACUCUUUUGCUGCCGCAGCUGGUGCAGGGCAUACCGCUGUCAAGAGUGAAAUCGGACCCAAUGACGAUACAAAGCAAAAACAAGUGGACAACAAGGCUCUCGCUCAAAUUGACGAUAUCUUUGAAACGCUCAAAGCCGAAGCUGCACAGAAGCGGCAAGAUGAUUCUGACGAUGAGGAUGGCUCCGACGAGGAUGAAGAUGACUUCGAAGAUGUCCCAGCUACUGGCAAUAAUUCCAGCCUGGGUACACCGGCUCUAAGCCAGUCGAUGAAGCGAGAGCCAUCUAGGGAGCUGUCAAGAGACGGAUCCGGCUUAGAAGAGCACGGCAGAAAGAAGGCGAAGAUUGAAACUAGUGUUAAAACAGGAGAGACGGGUAACGACAGCGGGGAAGAUGAUGAUGAGGAUGAGAUGGAGUUUGAAGAUGUAUAA